GAUGGUUUAAAAGUAAAGUUUUACCUCUCAAAACUCAGCAUUGAAAAUUUUUAAGAUCGCAAUAACUUCUCUUAUUAUGUAUUUUUUUAAUAAAUAAGUGAAAGUAAAAAUUUCUGAAUGUAAAACAUGACAUCAAACGUUUAUUUUAUAUUCUACUUUCUUAGGUACAUCUAUCUCCUUGAAGCUAACUACUUAAAUAUUUCAGUUAGAAAAGCUCGUUCAUACAACUAUCGAUAGUCCCUUAACUUAAGUUGGUGAUUGACACAACGUGACUUUAGAUUCAUAACAUUAUUUUAAGUACUAGAUUUGGCUAAGUCGAAUUACAAAAAUGUUAAAUGUUCCAGCAGUUUUUAUAGACUUAACUCCUGAAGAUCAAGCGGUUGAACUCUUAGUGUAUUUUAAAAGUUUGGGAGCAGAUGUCUCAGAAGACAAGUCUCCUAAAGGAAUUGAAGAUGAUUUAAAUCAAAUAAUAAACGUUUGUGAAACAUGUUUCAAGACAAAUGAGGCUGAAGUUGAAUCUGUUUUAAAUGCUAUAGUUUCUAUGUUAGUUGUGAUACCUGUAAAUAGGGCUGAACAGUUAAUAUUAUCAUUUAGCAAAAAAUUGACUAAAGCAAAAGGUCAAAAAUUAGGACAGAUAGCUUUAAGAGUCCUCUGGCUUCUUUUUCAGUCUCUAGAUGAACAUUGCCCAAUAAGGUAUUAUGUAUACUAUCACCUUAUCCAAAUUGCAAAGCAAGUUGAACAGGUGAGAGCAGUAUUCCGAGGUGUGGACCAUCUUAAACAACAAUUUGUUGCAUCCCCUCCAACUACUGAACAAAUGCAAAAACUAUUAAGACUUCUUCAUCAGGUCCUAGUAGCUUCAAAGGAGAGUGAAUUAGCAGCCAAAGUAAUGAUUGAGUUACUUUCUACUUACACUACAGAAAAUGCCAGUCAAGCCCGUGAAGAUGCCCAGAGAUGUAUCGUAGCUGCAUUGGGUGACCCUGAAACUUUUCUGCUUGACCCCCUCCUUUCAUUAAAACCAGUUAGAUGUUUAGAAGGAGAACUUGUACACCAACUUCUUACUAUCUUUGUUUCAGAGAAGCUUACUGAUUAUUUAAAAUUUUAUGAAAGCAAUAAGCAGUUAGUUGAGGUUGAACUUGGACUUGAUCAUGAAAGAAAUUUGAAGAAAAUGCGUUUGCUUACGUUUAUGCAGUUGGCAGAAGGUGCAACAGAAAUGAGUUUUUCCACAAUUACAUCUGAAUUGCAAAUAAAAGAAGAGGAAGUUGAAGCUUUUAUAAUAGAAGUACUCAAAACAAAAUUAGUUAGGGCUCGAAUGGAUCAAGCCGCAAAGAAAGUCUAUAUAGCCAGUACAAUGCACAGAACAUUUGGGCGUCCACAAUGGCAACAACUGAGAGACACGUUGCACGCUUGGAAAUCAAAUUUAGCAAACGUCCAAGAGGGAAUGAAAGCUGUAGUGUCUGCCCAAAUGGAACUUGCCCAACAGAAGAUCCAAUAAAAUUGUUUUCUCUAUUGUAAUGUAAUAUUUUUAAUAAAGCCUUGGUUUUCUU